AUUUAAUACAUUAUUUACGAUAAAAUAGUAGUCGUAUUGAAUAAUAAGGUGUUAAUAGUAUAGUUAGGUUUGGUUUGCAUUGGAUUUGCAUUGAGUUUAAGCGCCAAAAGAGUAGUGAAUUUGGAUUAUAUUGAAGACAACACUAAUUGCAGUGAAAUGUCAUUUAAGUCAAAGUCAUUGAAAAGCAAUUCAUCGCUGAACCACUCGAGGGGUCAUUUAACCGGUGGUCAACACAUCCAACACAUCCAACAACUCAGUCAAUCUGUGAGCAAAUGUAUCGCACAGGACCUGUCGCUCCUGAGGCCACACAUCCAAUGGACACCAAUGUCUCAUCCGAUGCCAGAGAUGACAAAAAACGCCAAAAACCAGACCAUAACUGAAGAACAAUUGCUGUCAGAUAUGAGUGAAAUGGACACCAAAUUGGAUCAAUUGAAACGUGUCAUCGAAGACGAAGCCAUUCCUAUAAAUGAUAUGCAUUUUGAGUCAUUGAGCGAUGAAUGUAAUGAACUGAAGACAUCGCUUCCCACUUUCCGACGAGUGGUCAACACUUUUAUUGAUAAAUACGAGAACCAAUCGCGCGAUGAAAGCAUUUGUUUUGAUCGAAAAGCCAUUGAAUUAGAAGAAGAAAAGGUGGAGAAAAUGUUGAGAUUGUCUCAACAAAUACAACACUUCCAGCAAACAAACAAACAUUUAAAUUCAUUUAAUAACCAAAAGUGAAACUAAUUAUUAAAUGUGUUUUAUUUAUAAAUA